AUGAAGAAGAUCCUGGCUGUCCUGCUUGCUGUAGCAUUUGUGCAUACUCUAGAGAGAGGCCGAGAUUAUGAGAAGGAUAAAGUCUGCAAGGAACUCGCCAGUCUCGGAAAAGAUGACUUCGCAACUCUAUCGAUGGUCCUAUACAGCAGAAAAUUUCCCAGUGGCACAUUUGAACAGAUCAGUAAUCUUGUGAAUGAAGUUGUCUCCUUGACAGAAGCCUGCUGUGCUGAAGGGGCCAACCCUGACUGCUAUGACAACAGAACCUCAGCAUUGUCUGCUAAGUCCUGUGAAAGUGACUCCCCAUUCCCGGUGCACCCAGGAACCGCUGAGUGCUGUACCAAAGAGGGCCUCGAAAGGAAACUCUGUAUGGCUGCCCUGAAGCACCAGCCACAAGAAUUUCCUACUUAUGUAGAGCCACAAAAUGACGAAAUCUGCGAGGCAUUCAGGAAGGAUCCCAAGGGAUUUGCUGAGCAAUUUAUAUAUGAAUAUUCCAUUAAUUAUGGACAAGCUCCUCUGCCACUUUUAGUUGGUUACACCAAGAGUUAUCUCUCUAUGGUGGGGUCCUGCUGUACCUCCCCAAGCCCCACAGCGUGCUUUUUGAAAGAGAGACUCCAGAUUAAACAUUUAUCACUUCUCACCAUUAUGUCAAAUAGAGCCUGUUCACAAUAUGCUGCUUAUGGGAAGGAGAAAUCAAGGCUCAGCCAUCUCAUAAAAUUAGCCCAAAAAGUGCCUACUGCUGAUCUGGAGGAUGUUUUGCCACUCGCUGAAGAUAUUACCACAAUCCUCUCCACGUGCUGUGAGUCUACCUCUGAGGACUGCAUGGCCAAGGAGCUGCCUGAAUACUCACUAAAAAUCUGUGACAAAUUAUCCACGAAGAAUUCUAAGUUUCAUGACUGUUGUCAAGAAAAAACACCCAUGGGCAUUUUUGUGUGCACUUACUUCAUGCCAGCUGCCCAACCACUCGAGCUGCCAGAUGUUGAGUUGCCCACAAAUAAAGAAGUGUGCAGUAAAGGAAAUACCGAAGCCCUCGAUCAGUAUACAUUUGAGCUGAGUGGGAGGACUCAUAUUCCAGAAGUAUUCCUCAGUAAAAUACUCGAGCCAAGCCUGAAAAGCCUUGAUGAAUGCUGCCACUCUGAAGACUCUGCUGCCUGUUUUAAGGCUAAGGGCCCUCAACUGAAGAAAGAACUAUCUUCUUUCAUUGACAAGGGACAAGAACUAUGUGGAGAUUAUUCAGAAAACACAUUUACUGAGUACAAGAAAAAACUGGCAGAGCGAUUAAGAGCAAAGUUGCCUGAUGCCACAGCCACAGAACUCGGAGAGCUGGUUGAGAAGCGCUCAGACUUUGCUUCCAAGUGCUGUACCAUAAACUCACCUCCUCUCUACUGUGAUUCUGAGAUUGAUGCUGAAAUGAAAAAUUCCCCGUAGUCCUGAUGCAUGUGUAUUGUCUUAGAGCUGGAACCAUCCUGGGAAUGACAUCUGAUGGCCUAACCUAAGCAAAAUCAGAGCUCCUGGGGACAAACUAGGAUACUCCUGCUUUUU